ACAACUAACACAAAUCUGCUAAUACACAUAUACCCCUUUCUUACAUUCUAGAAGACCACAUCUAAAUCCGAGUACGGUUUAUCCUAGAUAUAAAAGUUGUUAGCGGAGGUUGCAAAUUCGCUCAAUGACGACAGCGGCAACAUCUCCGGCGGAUGCGACCGGGGUUUCCCGGCCGUGCAACCGGUGCAAAGAGCAAGAAGGAACUAUAGAAUUACGGGUUGCCGAGACAGUAUGCAAGUCAUGCUUCGCAUACUACGUCUCCAGCAAAGCCAUCAAGAGACUCGAAGCCCUACAGCGGGAGACAUCCGCGCCUCGUGGCAGCGGUAGCGGGCCGCGGGGUCAAAGGCGACCGCAGCGGUAUCUAGUUGGACUAUCAUGCGGACCCUCAUCCACGACUCUCCUCCACGUUCUAACUGAGAACGUGCGGCAGCAGCGUGCGCGGGGGCAGAAAACUGCGCGAUUCGAGUAUAUCGCCGUGCACGUCGUCGACGACACCUUACCGUCAUCUUCAGCUGAACCAGAAGAGCCAUCUUACCUCGCCGCGUACCGCGCGCGUUUCCCUGACGCAGACAUACUCAGCGUACCCCUAAGCUCCGCACUGACCCUACAAUCCAUAGACUGGACCUCCCUCCCCUCUCCCCCCUCCCCCAAAACCACACCCGCCCAAACCCUCUCCUCCAUCCUCUCCCUCCUCCCCUCCACAACCUCCCGCGCCGACAUCCGCCGUCUGCUAGUCCGGCACAUCCUCAUCGCAACAGCAACACAACACACCUGCGACGCCCUCCUCCUCGGGCACAACACCACCUCCCUCGCAGAGCUAACGCUCUCCGAAACCGCGAAAGGGCGGGGCUUUUCCCUCCCCUCCCUCGUAAACGACGGCGCCGUGGCGCUUCCCGCACGACUAGACGGCGGCGCCGCCAACCCCAACAACCCCAACCCCAACAUCCCCGCAAGCCUCCCAAUAUACAGCCCCCUCCGCGAGCUCUUCCGAAACGAACUCCUAACCUACCUCUCCCACACCACGCCCCCUCUAACCCCGCUCCUGCCAGCCUCCGAAACCGGGUCCGCGGGUAAUACAAACAGCGCCGUGGUCUCGCACCGCGACCUGAGUAUCGACGACGUGCUGGCGCGGUACUUCGGCGCCGUGGAGGCGAGUUACCCGUCCGUGGUCGCGAACGUGGUGCGCACGACGGGGAAGCUGGGACACGGGGGUAGUGGGGGAAGUACGGAGACUGUGUGCGGGCUUUGCGGUGCUGGUUUAGAUGAGCUGGGGGAUGAGCGGUGGAGGGGGGAGAUUGGGAUUGAUGCUGGUGAGAGGGAUGGUGGUUCUGGGAAGAGGAGGUUGUGUUAUGGGUGUGAGAGGUCGGUGCGUGGGUAGGUAGUUAUUGUCUGCUGAGCACUGGCUUCGAGACUUACUCUUUGCCAUUUGAUACGAGGUAGCACUCAACGAUACAGAGAAAUCACAG